UCCACGCCACUCGAGCCGCUGAAAUGUGAUGGACCGCGGCGGGGGAGGCUCAGACUCGUCCCAAACUCCGCCGGAGUCGAAGGCUCGCGGCUCGCGAGGAAGCCUGGCUUGGAGGGGGAGGAGGAGGAGGUCUACGCAGGGUGACCCGACGCCGACCAGCCGGGGGACUUUACCCGCUUCCACGCAGCAGGAGGAGACUUCCCGGGACCAAGGGCGACCCCUCCGAGUCCUCCUUCCGUAACAUGCCCGACGCUCCUUGGCUGAACCCUGGAGGGGUUUCCCGCCCGCCCUGCCUGGAUCUAAUGGCGCGGCCGAGGCUCUAGGAUCGCCGGGCGAGCUUGCUCUUGCGAGGCCGGUCGGGAGAGAGUCGCCAGGGGGAGGAGCCGCGUUCCCGGAGCAAGGCGCCCGUCGGCUCGGCCCAGCGCAGCGCAGGCCCGGCGCGGGAGGAUGGGGAGCAAGGCCCUGCCGGCGCCGAUCCCGCUGCACCCGUCGCUGCAGCUGACCAACUACUCCUUCCUGCAGGCCGUCAACACCUUCCCGGCGGCCGUGGACCACCUGCAGGGCCUCUACGGCCUGAGCGCCGUGCACACCAUGCACAUGAACCACUGGACGCUGGGCUGCUACGCCGCCGCCGCCGCCGCCGCCACGGCCACCGGGGCCGCCACCGGCCCGGCCGAGAUCAGCCGCUGCUCGGCGCUCAGCGAGAUGGCGGCGGCGCAGGGCCUGGUGGAGCGCUUCCCCUUCCCGGCGCUGCCCUUCGCCACCCACCUCUUCCACCCCAAGCAGGCCGCCGCCAUCGCCCACGUGCUGCCGGCCCUGCGCAAGGAGCGGCCCCGCUUCGACUUCGCCAACCUGGCCGCCGCCGCCACGCAGGAGGACCCGCCCAAGGCCCACCAGGCGGCCGCAGCGGCGGCGGCAGUAGCAGCCGCGCAGGCGCACGGCGAGCUGGCCAAGCUGGGCGGCCCCCUGUCGGCGGCGCUGGGCAAGCUCUCCCCGGACCGGAAGCCGGCGCGCGGCAGGCUCCCCUCCAAGACCAAGAAGGAGUUCAUCUGCAAGUUCUGCGGGCGCCACUUCACCAAGUCCUACAACCUGCUCAUCCACGAGCGGACCCACACCGACGAGCGGCCCUACACGUGCGACAUCUGCCACAAGGCCUUCCGGAGGCAGGACCACCUGCGCGACCACAGGUAUAUCCAUUCCAAAGAAAAACCGUUCAAAUGUCAGGAAUGUGGGAAAGGAUUUUGCCAGUCCAGGACCUUAGCAGUUCAUAAAACAUUACACAUGCAGGAAUCUCCACACAAAUGCCCCACAUGUGGAAGAACCUUUAAUCAAAGAAGUAACCUGAAAACUCACCUUCUCACCCAUACAGACAUCAAGCCCUACAACUGUGAGCAGUGCGGCAAAGUGUUCAGGCGAAACUGUGAUCUGCGGAGGCACAGUCUAACUCACACGCCGCGGCAGGACUUCUAGAGCAGCCGAGAAUCUCCGCAGGGAGCUUAACUCUGGCUACGGGACUUGACUAUAGACAAACCUUUUAAAGCCCGGGGCGCAACAGGGGCACAGAUCGGGCAGGGGCCCUGAUCUUCUGGCCAGACCCUCUGGGGGAAAGUGAGGGGGGGAGGACAGUGGUCCCACCGGUCCCCCCCUCCCCGGUCUCCGAGCGCAGGCCGGUCUCUUGUAGAUAAUGUUACAGCUCAUUUUAGAGCUCUGUACAGAACCUGGUGUGUGUGUCUUGUGUCUGUUUCCUACUUCCUUACCAAAUGCACGUUGGUAACAACAGCAGCAAAA